AUGGCUUCCUUCAAUAUUACAGUUGAGGAUAGCUCUCCUCUGUCCACGUAUUCUCCAGCCGGAUCCUGGACUGACGCCUCCUCUGACGAUGUCCUGGCCUCAUCAUAUUCUGCCAGUUCGUAUCACACCACUUCUACGGAAGGGGCGACAGCUACGAUAAUCUUCACAGGCACCGGUUUGUCGAUUUUUGGUGGGCUUAGGCCGAACUAUGGAACCUACAGUAUCAGCGUGGACGGGCGGACGGUUUCAAGCGGCUCUGCACGAAGCAAUGAAGCAUCCUUUCGUCAACUACUCGGUGCAGCGUCAGGGUUACCGUAUGGAACUCAUACUGCAGUCAUCACCAAUUCCAACGGAGCACCAAUUGAUAUCGAUUGGGUUGACUUUGAGACUCAAGUUGGACGAUCAGGGGAUGACAUUGUUCGAGAAUCUUUGGAUGAUACUGAUCCUUCGUUGGUUUAUUCGCCCUCAUCUUCUUGGGAAUUAAAAUCAGGCUCGGAAUUCGCGAAUAAUACUCUCCACUUUUCGAGGGACCCCAAUGCCUCGGUUAGCGUGAACUUCUCCGGAGAUGCCAUUGCUGUGUAUGGUACGGUGUCUCCCGAUCAUGCAAACAUUAGGAUGGCCUUGGAUGGUGAUGUACAAACUGUGGUUGGGGGAUCAGGAGGUGUGAUCUCUGCCGUCCGACCUCAGAUUCUUCUGUAUUAUCACGCUGACCUGGGUCCUGGUCAACACACAUUGACCAUGUCGGGUGAAUCCCAGACGCAGACGACUACUGGUCCUUUUAUUGAUUUAGAUUUCAUCUCUGUUUUUUCCACCGCCGAGUCACUAGCUCCUACAUCCACUCCGACACCUGGUAGUCGAAGUCCCAGUGGCUCUGCUGCUGACUCCAGCGCGGCUCCUUCGUCAAGCGCACCCCCUGUAUCAGACGGGCGAUCGUCGACAAGCUUAGUGGUGGGCGCUGUUUUGGGAGUCACCGCCUUCGUCCUCGUUCUGGCAGUCGUUGGUUUCUUGUUCAUCUGGCGAAGGCGGAGGUUGGGAAGACAGUCGACCACAGUCGAAAAGUCGAUGAGUGCAGUGUCGCCCAUUCUGCCUAUGCAGGCCGAAGAGCCGAAGGUCCUGGAGGCGGGCCUUACCACCCCCCGCAAUCAAGUAUUCCUGUUUCCUCCUCCAAUUCGGAAGCCUCAGACUGCUCGUUUAUCGAUCGCUCCCAGCUAUUAUGGCAGUGAAUACGGCACUCCUGGGCACUCAAGAGAGGGCAGUACGAUGUCAGGAGAAUCAACGGCACCUCUGGUAACAGUUCCUAGGCUUGAAGUGCCACAACCACGGACCGUCCCAAGGUUCCUAAGAAGACCUCCUCCCAGAACCUCGGAACUUGAUACCAACAGUCGCCCGGCGAGACCGAGCAACCGACCACCCACCAUGGACUUCAGGAAUGUAGUUUAG